UUAUACAUAAAUACUAAGGACAUCAAGUUUCGAGAAGGACGAACUAAGUUUUCCAAUAGAACAGAUUCACCUGGCAGGCCCCACCAAAUAUCUGUAUAUUGCUUUAACCUCCAAGACUAUUCUAGUCAUUAGAAGGCAUUGCAGUGAAGAUAGUCUAUAUCUAUCUAGUCUAAUAACAAAUUGUUUAAAAUAGUUUUUAACACUGAAAUGGCAUGGCGGCCUUUCCAGCGGCAAAGUUAGGCGCAUUAGUGCUCAAACAAGUCAGUAAACCAAUAGCACAAGCUUGCAAGAACUAUGCGAAAUCAUCGCCGUUCUUCCGAAAAUAUAUCUGCAUGCCACCAGCCCAGUUGUAUCACUGGUCUGAGGUGAAAAUGAAAAUGUGGAUACUCAAUCUGGGCAAACCUGUGAAUAUUCCUGUACUGAAUGAACAGCAGGCAAUUGAACUAGGUGCUAAUUUAUUGGGUGAAGGUGUUAUCUUCACUAUAGCUGCUUUAAUUCUGAUAAAUGAAUAUCAGAGGUCUUCUGCUAAAGAAGCCAAAAAGGAAGCAGCUACUAAAGCUGAAAAGCAAGUGCUUGAGCAAAACAUACAUGAUUUAUAUUUCAUCACACAGAAACAAGCAACACAAAUUAAUGAACUCAUGAGACACAUUUAUGACUUAGAGGGACGAGUUGUUCAAGUUCCAUGGAAAUCUAAAAACACCUUCUGGAGAUGAUCCCCCAGAGUCACCACCCCCACCUCCACCAACUUUCUAUCCAGGAGAAGGGCAAUUUCACAAAGCCGAUGAAACGGUUCCCCCAGACUCUCAACAGAAUCCAAUUCCAUCUACACCAACUGAAGAAAAUGUUCAUACACCAUCUCAGCCAUCAAAAAAAACACCUAGAAAUUGUAGCACAUCUAAUUCAUUAGUUUCCUGUGCUUACGAUUUGGUCGAAAACGAAUUGUUUUCCGACGGCAGACGUAAAACUAGUAUUGUUAAUUUAGGUAUAGAUCACUUGUACAACAAUGUGUACCGAAUUCCAAUACGUUCAUAGAAUACAAUAGCAUUUAAGCUUAAAAAUGUUGAUAAAAUCUUAAUUACGCAUUUUCACACCCAACUAUUGCGUACUUAGUAUUUAUUAGUGAAAUAAACAAUAAUAUUACUGUGUUUAUGUUACCGAAAAGUGAAUAACAAUUGGUUUGAGAAGUUAA